UGAACAUGCACCGUGCGUCUUCUUAAUGGCCUCGUGACCAGAGAAAAAAACACCCAAAAAGUUACAAAAACAGAUGAUGUCUCAGAUGUGGUUUAGAUACCUUCAGCAACAGAACAAAGGUUCUGCUCGCAGCUCAUAAUAAUUCUGCCAAAGUUUCAAACGCAAUAGACCGCGAAGUUAGCUGUAGAGUAACGCUACAUCGUGUUCAAGAACUCGCCUAAUCGACCACAAAAGGCGGAAGUCGACCCUCAAAGAUAAAGACACCGCUCUAACUGCAGCUAACAUGGUACUAUUCAAGAUACUAACACUUUUCCAGCUUUUGGUGGCAGUGGAAUUUUCAUUCUUCUCUCCUGUCACAUCAAGUCAGUGGCUAUCGCUGGCGCUAAGCAGCUCUGUUGCGAAGUUUAACACGAGACGAAGCUGUGACGAAGCCGGUACCCACUUUAACAACAGACAAGUUCAAGUCUGCAAGAGGAAUGUUGACGUCAUGAACAGUGUUAAAUUUGGUGCCACAAUUGCCGUUCAGGAAUGUCAACACCAGUUUCGCUACCGAAGAUGGAACUGUACCACUUUGCAAUUUGAAAAAUCUCCUGUCUUCGGAAAUUCUGUAAACGGAGGAACUAGGGAAGCUGCUUUUGUUCAUUCCAUUUCGUCAGCUGGGGUAGCUUAUGCUGUGACGCAUUCCUGCAGUGCGGGAAAACUUGGACGAAGGUGUGGCUGUGACCAGAAGAACAAUGGAAAAAUGUCGAAAGAGGGUUGGAAAUGGGCAGGAUGUAGUGAUGACAUCGACUUUGGAAUUGAGUUUUCCAGAACUUUUGUGGACGCAAGAGAACGUGGUCGUAAGGGAGAGGAUCCUUCUCGUAUUUCCAUGAACUUGCACAAUAACAACGCAGGGAGAAUGGCCAUCCUAAAGUACAUGAAAAUUCAGUGUAAAUGCCACGGUGUGUCAGGGUCAUGCAAGGUGAAAACCUGCUGGCGAACCCUUCCCAAUUUUAGACUGGUUGGAGAUCAUAUCAAAGAAAAAUUCGACGGAGCCACGGAAGUAGAACUAAAGCAGAUUGGAUCAAGGAGAGUUCUUCUUCCAAGAAAUCCAAAUUUUAAACCACACACUGCGGUCGACCUUGUUUACAUCGAUCGUUCACCUGAUUUCUGCACGCCAAACCUUAGCACUGGCUCCCUUGGAACCCAAGGAAGGAUGUGUAACCGCACAUCUCAAGCUAUAGAUGGAUGUGAGUUGAUGUGCUGCGGUCGGGGUUACACCACACACCAGGAGGCCAGGGUGGAGCGCUGUGAAUGCAAGUUCUAUUGGUGCUGUUAUGUCAAGUGUCGCGAAUGUCAGAGGCGAGUCGAGGUUAGCAUCUGCAAGUAAGCUAGGCCGGUUCAGUCUCUCGACAAUUGUGAGCUUUCAUAUGGCACAAACGUUUUUGAGACGCGGACGGAAGCCAGUGGUGGAGAGUUUCUAUUCUUUCGUUUGCGACAAAUUUGUAAAGCAAGAUCUUUUCAAGUGGUUAGUUCUGACUAUAGAGCAUCAAGUCGAUUCAAUUGAUGCUCUCUUAAUUGGCUAUUAACUUUUUUCUCUGACAGCCGUCCGCAUUUCAAGAACGUCUCUGCUCAGACUCCUAAUGUUUUCGGAAGGGAACCGGUGUUAUAUACUGAAGUGAAUGAGAAGAUCAUUCACCUUUAAGCAAGGUUUAGAGCACUACACUUUUCGUCACACCAGUGCAGGUUAUCAUUAGUUAGUUUAAGAAACAGGUUCAGCGCAAAUAUAAGUGUAGACUAAAAUUAUUACAAAUCACGGUAUAAUCAUUAGGGUCCUGAAAAUAAUCACGUGACAUUCUCAGGGAAACAUCAAAGAUGACACCGGCAUAUUUUAAGUGAAUCCAAACUGGAGCUUCAUAUCAUUUAAGUGUUUGCACUCGUCAUUUGAGUCAGAUUCUUAUGUGAGAAGCUGAGUGUCUGUAGAUUCUGUAGAAUGUCUGUAGAAUGUCUGUAGAUAGAAUGUCUGUAGCUGAAUGUCUGUAGAACAAGGGGCCACUAAUCUGAACUCUUCUCAAAGUCUAGCUCUCGUAGAGGUAUGGAGUGAUUGAUAGUAGGUGAGGAAGGAAGGCCGGCUCAUGCGAUCAUGGUAUCACUGACGACAAUUUAAGGAAAAUAAAGUGAAGAGUAAACACAGUUUAAGUGACCAUAGGAAUAAGAGUUAGUAAUGAAAAAUGGGGAUGGCCGACUGAAACAAUUUUUAAAGAAAACAAGAAAGAAUUUCAUGAUUUUGCGUGUUACGUGAGAGUGGUUCUUUAAUUGAAAUGUUAAAAAUUAUCAAAUACCAAGCAAAUCAAGACGUUUAAAAGCACAGAAACAUUUUCAUAUUUAUUCGAGCAAUAAAAUAAUAGAUUGAUGUAGUCCACUGGUAACUGCAUAUAAGGUGUACACCUUGCAAUCUCUGGUUUACAUGUAGUCUUAUAAUAGUGUAAACGACAGUAGUGACGUAGAACCAGUGUCGGUAGCCUCUGUUGUGGUGUGUGACAACGUUAUAUCUUAAGUUAUAUGAAAAAUAUUUCCAACAACCUACGCCGCAAUUCUAGAUGUUCCUCCUGCGUGUACAGGAAGCAUAAACCAUUGAAAAGCGGCUAUGUUUGCAAAACAGUAACUCAAAACUACAAGCAAAUAAAAUUGUAAAUAUUUUAGAAACGUCAGCUGCAGCUUGAUUUCCGUUUAUUUAACUCUCUCUAUGAGAAUCCUUCUCGUGUAGCUACGACAUCUUGCAGCCACGUGAGGCUAACAGAAAAAUAGCACGGUCAACGGCAUGAGCUUUGAUUUUUAACAAUAAAAACAUUUCAUGUCACUUCUCGACCAAAACUCGAUCUCACAUUAAAGAUUGUCACUUUUUAUACGAAGAACUCUCCCAUCAAUUAAUUUUCCAAGUGAUAAUUUUAGUGUGAAAAAAGUCGAGCCUCCACUACAAUUCAGCUCACUACAAUCGCUAUGAGCCUUAACGAUCAACCUUCCCUUUUUUUUGUUUUCAGCGGAAGAUCAAUAUAUUCACACUCGUUCAACAUCUCUACAACUGCUACCUCUCCUCCCUUCCCCCGCUCCUUCCACGACGCGGAAACAGCCACCUGCAAAGCGCGUUCAACUGUUAGGAUAUUAUCACCGACUGACGAAUCGUGUUAAGCUAAAUGCGUGACAAACCCCUCCAGUAGAUAGGUCCUGACAGUUAGAUUUCGCGAAGGAAGAAUAAA